AUGGGCGCUGGGAAGAAAGAACAUACUGGCCGCCUUGUUAUCGGAGACCACAGAUCAACCUCUCACUUCAGGACAGGGGAAGAAGACAAGAAAAUGAACGAAGAACUGGAAUCUCAGUACCAACAGAGCAUGGACAGCACGAUGUCUGGACGAAACCGGCGCCAUUGUGGACUUGGUUUCAGUGAGUUUCAGGAAGGUGAAGAACAAGAAGAGGCGGCUGGACACUCCUCUGAAGAGAGUUCAGAGUACUCCGAAAGUGGCUCUGAGUCAGAGCAAGAGGAGUCUGCCGAGGAGCUACAAGCUGCUGAAAAACAUGAUGAAGCUGAGGUUCCAGAAAACAAAAAAGAAGCAAAGAGCAACUAUAAAAUGAUGUUUGUUAAAGCCAGUGGUUCAUAACUGCAGAUGUAACAGCUUUGUAUUUCAAGUACAGUAAGCCUUAUUGUUACCAUGCAAAGUGGAGGACUGCUACAGCACAAAUCUUUGUAUUAUGAUUUUAAAAAGACCCCAUUAGAUGACAAAAAGUAGUAUUUGAUUUCAGUUGCCAUGGAUAACAUUUUUAUGGGCACAGUGAUGUGACUGGUUUUUGUAAAGUGUAUAAAAUACUGGAUGGAGAAAUAAAUUCUUUUUGUUCUGGCCCAAUCUCUACAAUCUUACCUAAACUAUCCCUCCCCUUAUUCCACGCCAGAUAAAGAAAAUUCAUGGUAGUCAUUUCUUUUGUUAGUACCCCAGUUUUGAAUUUUUAACUAUUAAGAUUACAUGUGAAUUACUGGAUGUUGCAUUAGUUCGUAAAAUACCAGUAUCAGCACUAUUCUGUCGUGUACUAGAGCUUUAAACAAUGAUUCUGUCUAUAGAUGCUAGUGUUGACAGGGCUAAGAGGAGAAAUCAAUCACUUUUGUGACAGCAUUAAUCACUGUAUCCAUCUGAAGUCCUACAGCAGUCGCAUUGGAGAAGAUGUUUUAGAAAUGCAUAAUACAACAGAAAGCUCUGAUUGCUUCUUUGGCUUUAUAAUGAGGGGUAUAAGCUGUAGUUCCUUAUACCUUUCAGUAGAAAAGAGUGAUUUUUUUGAAUUGCUGGCUCCUGGUUAUAGCACUGAGCUGUUAUUAAAAACAAUUCCUCCCAAAGAAACCAGUUUACUUUGAAAAGAGAAAAUAUACUUUGAUAACAAAAAGGAUAUACAAAUCAUUUAGCUUUUUAAAAUAUAGAAUACAGAGUUAAUUA